AGGCUGAAGGGGGUCCUGGAGCAGAUGGACCGCGGCGUCGUGGACCUGCAGGAGCUCCGCAGGAACCUGGAGCUCGCUGCGGCCAUGUUGGACGCUGUGUACACCGAUGAGACCAAGCGUCUGCUGGACACCGAGGACGAGCUCAGCGACCUGCAGGCGGAGUCAGUGCCCAGCGAGGUACGUGACUGGCUGGCAUGCACCUUCACCAGGAAGAUGGGCGUGGCCAAGCGUCGCCCUGAGGAGAAGCCGAGGUUCAGGAGCAUCGUCCACGCGGUGCAGGCUGGGAUCUUUGUAGAGAGGAUGUACAGACGGACGUCCAACAUGGCCGGUCUGACGUACCCGCCCACGGCUCUGACAGCUCUGAAGGAAGUGGACCAGUGGUCGUUUGAUGUGUUUUCCUUCCACGAGGCCACAGGAGACCACGCCCUCAAGUUCAUCGUGUACGACCUGCUGACCCGCUACGACCUCAUCAACAGGUUCAGGAUCCCUGUGCAGGCUCUGGUGCAGUUUGUGGAAGCUCUGGAGAACGGCUACAGCAAACACAAGAACCCCUACCACAACCUGAUCCACGCCGCUGAUGUCACUCAGACCGCUCACUUCCUGAUGCUGCACACUGGACUGAUGCACUGGCUCAGUGAGCUGGAGAUCCUGGCGAUGGUUUUCGCUGCAGCGAUUCACGACUUCGAACACACAGGAACCACCAACAACUUCCACAUCCACACCAGGUCGGAGGUGGCGAUUUUUUACAACGACAGGUCGGUGCUGGAGAACCAUCACAUCAGCGCCGCCUACAGGCUGAUGGCAGAAGAGGACAUGAACAUCCUGAUCAACCUGAACAAGGACGACUGGAGGGAGCUGAGGUCUCUGGUCAUAGAGAUGGUGAUGUCCACAGACAUGUCCUGUCACUUCCAGCAGAUCAAGACCAUGAGGAACACCCUGAGCCAGACUGACAGCAUCGACAAAGUGAAGGUUUUGUCUCUGAUGCUUCACGCUGCCGACAUCAGUCAUCCGGCCAAAGCCUGGCCGCUGCACCACCGCUGGACCCACAGUCUGAUGGAGGAGUUCUUUCUACAGGGAGAUAAGGAGGUGGAUCUGGGCCUGCCCUUCUCUCCUCUCUGUGACCGUAAAGCCACCAUGAUCGCCCAAUCACAGAUCGGUUUCAUUGAUUUCAUCGUGGAGCCGACCUUCACUGUUCUGAUCGACACCACCGACAAGGUGAUCGGACCUUUGAUAGAAGAGGAUAGGAAGGCCAGAGAGAGUGGGAACAGGAGGUCCAGUCUAACAGGAAGUGGCUCUGUUACCGUGGAGUCGGUGCAGAGACACAGCAGCAGUCGCCAUGGAAACAAGGAUGAUGGACAGAUGGACUUUUCUCUGACGGCGAUCGACCUUCAGGUUCUGAGGCUCCACCUCUCAGAGGUCAUCUCCAGCAACAAGGACCGCUGGAAAGAGCUGUCUGUGGACGAACUGGCCAAUAGGGAGAAAGAGAAACAAGAAGAGGCGGAGUCUAACAUCGGCUCAGAUGUCCAGUCCGAAGCAUCACCCAACCACAGCCCUCCAGAUGAAACACGUGACGACCAAUCAGCCGACCAGAUGCCUGCAGAUCACCUGACCUGGAACGGGGCAGGCGAGGAGAAGGAGGGCGUCGCCGAGCAGGUGCCUGAAAACGUCUGA